GAUCACAUGAGCAGCAUUUCGGAGCACAGCGAGAGGGGCUUGCUGCAGGCUCUCUUCUCUUCAGCUCCAUUUUGCAGCCGCCGCCGCACAGGAAGCAGCCAUAGGCUGAGAUUAACGGUUUAGUAGAAAGGGAAAGUUCCUUGCAAGGAUUCAAGAUGCCCAUGUUUGUUGUUAACACCAACGUGAGCAAGGAUGCAGUGCCAGAGAGCCUGACUGGGGAGAUCACCCAGCAGCUAGCAAAGGCUACGGGCAAGCCUGCCCAGUACAUAGCUGUGCACAUUGCAGCUGAUCAGCUUAUGUCCUUUGGGGGCUCCACCGAUCCUUGUGCCCUUUGCAGCCUUCACAGCAUUGGCAAGAUAGGAGGGCAGCAGAACAAGAGCUAUACCAAGCUGCUGUGUGACUUGCUCACUAAACAGCUGCACAUACCUGCAGACAGAGUCUACAUCAACUAUUAUGACAUGAAUGCUGCUAAUAGGGGCUGGAAUGGUUCCACCUUCCAAAG